ACAACAACUGAGAAAGACUAAAUCCAGAAGAACUGUCAAUGUCUCCAAGACACUUGAUGAAAUAAUAAAAUACUAUUUAUAUUCGUAAGUGGUAUCUAUUUAAAUAUUAUAAUGACUAUUAAUGGCAAUUGUUAAUAACAGCUUUUGAUUGUCUUUUGAUAUUACAUUUUAAUUUACAUUACAAUUACAUUUUCCCCCACCGAUUGCCUAUGAUACUUAAAUUAUUAUAUUCAAAAUGUAUCACAGUAUUUCCACUUAAGUGCAAAUAAUCAAUAAAGUUAACUAAAGUUAUCAGUGGCGGAAUUAGUUUAAUACUGUUUGAUUAGCGAUAGAAGAAGGACUGAAUGUGCGAUAAAAUCUCGUAAAUGUCUUGGAACCUUUCAAUAAUAUCGAGUUGGAGUGCGUCAUGGAUUGUUCACAAGGUGACUGUGCGCUGUUACGAGUGGAGACACCAGUGCGCAUUCUCUGGUAUGAUGAGGACGCUGAAGCCCACGAAGACAUUCCAUGGACAUACAACUAUGUGUGAUGUUAUACCGCAUUUCAGCGCAUUCUCGUCGAUCAGAAUGAAACGCGAAUGAUGAACGCCAUGGUGGAGUUGGAACCUGUUGUUUGGAACUUUACGCUCAAAUUAGACAACGGCACGCGCGCUAAUGAAACAACAGCAGGAUAUCCAGCCGAUGAGUAUUACAAUAUUGUUCACGUCACGGAAACCAAAAUCCUUCCUGCAUUUAUUGGGUUUCUGUGCUCCACCGGGCUUGUUGGAAAUGUUCUUGUUUUGGUGACUAUUUUAAGGUCUGCCAAAAAGACAGUACCAGAUGUGUAUGUGGGAAACUUGGCUGUGGCCGACCUGGUGCACGUGACCGUCAUGCCAUUCCUUAUUCACCAGUGGGCGCGUGGGGGGCACUGGGUGUUCGGCAGCACCCUCUGCACGAUCAUCACCUCUCUUGAUAACUGCAACCAAGUGGCGUGCGCUGCAGUCAUGACCGCUAUGAGUCUUGACAGAUACCUGGCCCUUGUUCAUCCGUUUCGCCUGUUGAGUCUCAGGACCAGAUCCAGGACAAUCCGUAUUAACCUGUUUGUGUGGGUGGCGUCCUUCAUCAUGGUUCUGCCUGCCUGGGUUCAUGCCAAAGUGAUCCGCUUCAGGGACGGACUGGAGAGCUGUUCCCUUAACCUGGUCUCUCCCAAAGAGUUGCUCUGGUACACACUCUACCAGACUGUGACCUCCUUCUUCCUGCCAUUACCUCUGAUUGUCAUCUGCUACAUACUGAUUCUCUGCUACUCCUGGCGAAUGUAUCGCAAGAACAAAAAGGCUCACAGGUAUAACACCAGCCUGCCUCGGGAGCGUGUGGUCCGCCUCACUAAAAUGGUCCUGGUUCUGGUAGCGGUGUUCCUGGUCAGUGUUGGGCCGUACCACAUCCUGCAGCUGGUUAACCUGAGCGUACCUCGCCCAUCUUUAGCGUACCACACCUGCUACUACCUGUCCGUGUGCCUGAGCUACGCCGCCAGCAGCAUAAACCCCUUCAUCUACAUUCUGCUGAGCGGACACUUCCGCCACAGGCUGGUCUGUCGGGACACACCCAGCAUGCCAAGUGUGGAACGGGAGAUCCAGGCCCCCCGCUCUAGUUUUUAACCUGAAUUCAUAGUGAAACACAAGUAACACUGUUAACGGAUGAAGCCUUUGUUGGUCUUAUGCAAAGCUCGUUGGGGAAAGAUUCCUAUUUGUUUUCUUUAAUUGCUGGGAGGGAUUUCAUAGAAGGCAUUGGGUGUUUGAUAUGUGCAUGUAUGCAUGUCUUGUACCUUUUACAGUAGGCCGGUGUUUUAAAUGUGAUGUUAUUUAUUAUUUUUGUGGUGUCUUGGCUCCCUCUACUGUUUAGUUGUAGUAAUUCACACUUUGGUAAUUCAUAUCUAUCUAUCUAUCAACCUUCAUACUAUAUUUUCAAAACUUUGAAAAAGGCUUUAACAAUUCAACAUUCAAAUUUUGUCUUGACAAACUUCACUUUUCUACUUAAAAUUACAGUUAUAUUUUUUUCUUGAUUUUUUUUUAAUGCCGUUUUUUUUUUUAAUUCUAUUUCCUUACAUUCUAAUUUGAAUUGUAAUUCUGCAAUUGAUAUUAAGAAAAGACAUUCUCAGUUCUUUUCUGAAUUGUGCACAACCCUGCCUUUGAUUGAAGGGGCAGUUUUGGCAGUUGCAGAUUGCAUUAAUUUUGUGGUCAGCAGUUCUCAUCAAUGGAGAAAAUAAAUAAUGAUGAUAUUGAUAAUUAUAAUAACUGUUUAGGGCAUAAUGAAGACCUCAUUGUGGUCUUGUAUUGUAUAAUAUGGCUCUGUUUUCUGGUUUUAAUCUUGAUUGUACAGUAUGUGACAUUUUGAAAAUGUGAUAUUUUAUUAUGUUGUCAAUGUUUUAUUGUAUUAUCAACAGGUUUUUAUUAAGAAAAGUUUCACAUAUCAUGAAUGUGUUUAGUAAUUGCUUUGCACUGUGCAGAAUGUAUUGAGGCACGUGUUUUCAUUCAUCUUGUGCGCGUGCAUUACAUUAUCAUUGUUACAUACAAGCAAAAUCAAUAUUGCUCGUGACAGGGCAUUUGGUAUUGUCUGGUGUGUAAACUGGACAUCAUAAUGAAGUGGCUGGCAGAUCUAAAGAGUGAGGUCACAGACCAGACGGGCAGAAAUGCAGGGAUCCGUUGGUAGCCCAGCGCCCAGAGUGGAAUCAAUUCUCCGACCAGACCAGAGACAGACAGGGACCGCGUCUGACCUAAAGCAUGCCUGGCGGCAAUGGCUGGAAACGCACCGCCAUUCUCUCUCUCUCUCUCUCUCUCUCUCUCUGUCUGUCUCUCAAUUAUACCCUCUAUGGCCCAGUAAACCAGAGGCAAAAUAUCAACUGAUGUGUUCAAAUACUUGUCAAUAUUAGUGUUUCAGUGUCAACAUAGCUUGUUGAGACCAUACAUUUCAAUAAUACUAUUCAAUACAGUAAUAUAAGUCACAAACUGUUUUGCUAUUGGUUUGUCAGUUAUUCCAAUGCAGCAAUAGAGAUUCUGCCUGGGCAGGAAGGUGCUUUUACCUUCUGUUUCUUGCUCUGUUAAAGCACAUGAUGCAAAGUCUUCGCCCUGUAUUUUCUGCAUUACAUAAUUUUUCUCUUUCUCAAACUUUGAAAGAUCAUUCUGCUGUCUGAGCAAGGUGACUGACUGCUGCUGCUGCUGCUAGUCUGACAUUGUUUGACCUUGUUUGUGACUUGCUUCAUAUGGCACUGGCCUUGUUACUUACACCUCAACAGUUUGGCUGCCAGUUUGUGUCGUGUUUGUCACACGCAGGCUUUUGUUUUUACGUCUUAUUUUAUUUUGAAAGAUCAUUUACUGUAUAAUAUGAGUUAUUAAAAUGUCUGAAAUCAUCAGAAUUAAAUUUUAAUUGGUUAACAUUUGUUGUAUGAUUGGUAGAAGAUUAGUAGAACAUUUUGUUUUCCAGUAGUGGAAGUGUACAGAUGACAAGUGAAACCCUUUUCUGUCACUGUAAAAUAGAAAAUGCCAUAUAUUUCUA